UGGCAAGUACCACUGUCGAAAGAAAAAUCAUCGCCGUGAGAGGCAGAGAGAGAGAGAGAGAGAGAGGCGAUGGGACGGAAGAAGACGGUGGAGUUCGACGAGGGUCCGCCAGAUGACUUCGAUCCGAACAAUCCUUACGCCGAUCCGGUGGCGAUGCUGGAAUACAGGGAGUACUUGGUGAGGGAGAAGUGGAUUCAGAUCGAGACCGCCAAGAUCAUCCGCGAGCGUCUCAAAUGGUGCUACCGCAUCGAAGGGGUCAAUCAUCUCCAGAAGUGCCGCCAUCUCGUCGAGCAGUACCUUGAAGCCACCCGCGGCGUUGGGUGGGGCAAGGACCACCGCCCACUUGAGCUCCAUGGCCCGAAGAAGGUUGUUGAAUAACUGGACGGGUGAGCAAUCUAGGUUGUAUCAGAAGACUCCGAAUUGAAACAACGCCGGACCAUUUGAGUAGUUUUCUUCCCUUGUGUUUCUUGUGCUCCUUCAAUUUGCUGUUGUUUCUUAAUAAUGGCUGCCAUAUAACCUGAAUGUAUUCACUUUGCUACCCUCUGCUUAUAUCAGCAUCUCAAACGUUUAUGGUUUGCUUACAGAUUUUUCUAGUAAUUUCAUUUUAACAUCGCUAUGUAGUUUUAAGCUA